CUCGCCUCAAUUUUUCUCAAAGCAGAAGUCUGCAAAACGGCACUUCAUUCUUGUGAAAAAACAUUUCUUCCGCUUCUGUAUUUCCACUCAAACAUGUUGAAGCCCGGCUUUAAGUCGACAUCGGAGAAGUCCAAUUUUGCACAGACAUGCAACCUCUUGAGCCAGUACUUGAAGGAGAGAGGAAAUCUCGGAGAUCUCAGCCUUGGAAUCACUCGGAAACCGGAACCCAAAGAAAAUCCAGAAAGAUCUCUUCCGGCGGCAACCACUAAAGAUUUAUUAACAAAAAUGGAGAUCAAUUCAACCGAGGCUUUGAGACAGAACGCCGUGGCUCCUUCAAAUGCGCAACCCAUGGAAUUUCUUCCACAGUUGGACUGUUUCCGUCCCUCAAACUCGAUCGACGUUGCGGCCAAUAACUCCAGGAAACCAGCACUCAAGGAGCCUGCAACGAUGGCCCAGAUGACGAUAUUUUAUGCCGGCCAAGUACUAGUACUGAACGACUUUCCGGCCGACAAGGCAAGGGAGAUCGUGGCUUUAGUUAGCAAGGGAAGCUCUAAUACUUCCGGUGGCUUUGUUUCUGCUCCCGGCAUGGACAAAGUUAAUUCAGGAAGAUCUAUGUCUCCUGAAUCAACUGUACUUGUAGCCAAGUCCGAAAAGAAUACUGCCCAAGAACGCCAUCAACAACAACCUCAUGAAAUUGCUUCUGAUUUGCCAAUUGCAAGGAGGGCUUCGCUCCACCGGUUCUUUGAGAAGAGGAAGGAUAGGGUGGCGGCAAAAGCACCGUAUCAAGUGAACCCACUUCCCCGAGCUCCUCCCAAGCCCGAGGAAAGCAAUCCAUGGAUCGAGCUCAUGGAAGGUGAAUCUGCAAAACAGCUUGAGCUUAAGUUAUAGUGAAGACCACCUCGCCAUGUUCUAUGACAGAUUAUCGCCCUCCGGGGGCUUGAAAUCCUAACUAUACUUAUGAUGUUGCUUUUUGUACCUUUUUUUGGGUUUUCUUAUUUAGAACACUUUGUAUAAAUUAUUAAUCCAUUAGAUCCGGUUUCUGGAAAUAA